UACACCGUACCUCCCACAAGAGCUCUCACCCCGGGCGGACUAGGGAGCGAUUUGGCCUUGCUUUAGUGCCCUGUGCACUCUUCUCUCCUGGCUCAAGAGAGAGCGAGGGAAGGGGGACGAUACAGACAGGCCCGUGUCAUGAAACGCCGACACUCGACGUCGCUUCUCUUGACCCUGGCUUGUGCGCUAGCAUGGUGCGGUCUCUGCGGGGCGUUCGUCCCGCCUCCGGCUGGAACGACGACUGCAUGGCGCCAGCAAGCUCUGUUUCCACCGUCAGUAGCGGGAACGCAUCGCCGUUGCAGGGGGGCGGGGGCGGCUUCUGCCGUCCGCAUGCAGCAAGGUAGUGGCAGUGAUCAGGAUUUGCAGCUCGCAGUCAGCAAGUUAGCGGGGCAGGUCGAAGAGUUGACGGCGAUGGUGGCGCAGCUCGCGGCGGAGCCAGGGGGUAACGCGGGUGCUGCCAAGGCGAUCAACGGCGGGGUCGUGGACGGCGGGGCGGCGUUGCCUGCGGUGUCUACCAAGGCGAAGGGCGGGUCGACGCCUCUCGUCAGCACGUCGGCUGCACAACAACGCAUCGACCAGUGGCUACGGGAGUCGGGUGGCGAGGCAGCAUCAGCACCAGUGGCACAAGCACCACCAGUAGCGACGGCACCGGCAGCAGUAGUCGCCGCUCCUCCCGCAGCAGUGCCGGAGGUGGCUGCUCCUCCGGCAGAAGCCCCCCCAGCUGUCGCUCCCCCCGCCGGGUCAAGCUACAAGGUGAAAAUCGAGUGGGAGGGGGCCAUCCAUGAAGUCAACUGCGAUGCGGAAACGACUCUCCUGGAAGCCGCCAUGGAUGCGGGCUUGGAGCUGCCGAGCUCGUGCAUGUCGGGCAGCUGCCUCACGUGUCCCGGCAAGAUCGUGAGCGGCUCCGUGGAUCAGAGCGAGGGUGUCUUGGAGGACGAGCAGAAGGAUGCGGGGUUCCUGCUGACGUGCAUCUCGUACCCGGAGAGUGACGUCCACUUUGCCGUGGUGGACGAAGAAGACUUGCCGGAAGCGUGAGCAUGAUAAUGAUCAUGAACGCCAUGGGUGACGGCGGCAUCGGCGUGACGGUUUCGGUUUGCUUGGGUGUAUCGUGCGCAGCUGGUUACGUAGCCCGGUGCUUAUGUACCUCGGAAGAGCAAUCAAUGCACAGUAGAAGUGUGCAGGUGUCGCGACGACACACGACGCUCGAGGAACGUAUCGUAGAGGCGUGCCGGGUAGGUUCCAAACGCGGGAAGAGCUUCCCGUGGUCACACACGGGAGGACAUUACCCGUGUUUCCGCUAGUUUCUUUCCCUGGGCAUUGCGCUUCGCUCGAUCGGCAACAAGGCGUUUUUUUUUUUUUUCUAUUUCGCUGUUCCAUGGUAUAUCUGUACUGGGGGUAGAAGCCUGUACAUACGCGCUGUUUAAGGCGGUAGUGUCGGUGAAAGGCGUGGCCGAUGCACGUCGGAGAUGAGGCACGCAGGCGCUUAUCAGGGGAUAAUUUUGUGUUGGGUCCGUGCUCGUUGGGUGGCGUUUGUGUGCCACCAUAUGCACGGUAAUUGGUCGUGGUUGGUUUGGUGCAGCAUGAUGUGUGUCGGGCAUUGGCAGGGCCCUCAACUUUGAGUGAUGGUAGUGCGUGUGCGAUGCUGAAAGUGUUGGCGCAGAGGUGGCCAGCUUAGGUUUGCGGCCGAAUUUGUGUGUCGAUUGGGAAGUUUUCACGUUUGUGCUAGGAUAUUCAUGUAUCGUGUUGGCAAUUGUGUGGGCCGUGUUAUUGCGCAACUGGUAUGCCAGAGGCAAAGAGGGUAUGUGAAUCACUGCUAGGGAUGCCGAAAGGAAGCAUCGCCCUAUAAUAUUUGAGGGAUUCGUCCGGAUCUCGUUCGUCCAAUGUUUGAUUUUUGGGCCGCACGCUGUUGUUCUGGAAGCCACAAUAUAUUCGUGUUUCGAACGAUGUUCGCGUCGCACACACACCUUGCGGUGCCACCAGCAUGGAUACAUUGCAUCUUGCAAUGAUUUUCGCAGGGUGUGUGUGAAGAUGCUGCUGCCAGCAACCUGCCCCGCGAUUUUCGCCGUGUUCCUCCGAAAUCGUGAUCGUCUUGCCUUGGGACAAACUUCAAUUUAGAGUAAACAUGAUUAGGGC